AUGUUGCCAUUCCCAAAUUUCAAUGAUUUCAUAUACUUUACGGAAAUAUUGGAUUCAUUGUUGCCGACAAAAAAUAAGGAAGAUCGAAAGGAUGUGGAAAGAGCUCUGAAAACGCUACCAGCAUUCGCGGAUAAGGAAACAGUUAUGAUGCACGAAAUAAGCGAUAAUUUCAUAUUUUCCUGCUACUGCUGCAUUUGUGAGCGAUCAGACGUGGACUACAUAUUCAGCGAGAAGUUUGAAGCGAAAGAAGUGAAGGCAGAGAGUUUCGCGAAAUAUCUCAAGGAUGAGCAUUAUGAUCCUCGACUCAACGAGCUUCUGUAUCCCGCGCCAACGCCAGAAAUCGCGCAGUCCUUGAUAAAUGAACUUGGGAGAAGUGAACGGCUCACAAAGCAUGCGUUCCUGCGAUUCCUGUUAAGCCCUUAUAACAUUGCUAUGCAUGCCGAUCAUAUGAUGCUCAAGGAAGAGGAUAUGCACAAGCCCCUGUCACACUACUUCAUCAACAGUUCACACAAUACAUAUCUUCGAGGUGAGUCCCUUCCAAAAAAAAAGAAAAAAAACUGUGUGCGCUGA